UGAGUGUGUAAGUGUUAGUGACGUUGGCGUUGGAAAAUGUGCAAAGGGUCGGAUUACAAACCUGAGUUGGCUGACAUUCCAGGCGAAAGAUCAUGGGAUAUCACUAAUGAGACUCGGCGAUCGUGGACAUCCGUGUUGAUACUUCUUGGGAAUGUUAACAGAAUUGUAUGAUCUCUUAUUUCUAAAACAAUCAUUGAGAGCUUCGAUCCAUCGUAUUGGUGUUCUCAUUUUCCCGAUCCUAUCAAGUGAAGAGCCAAUAAUCCUAGGGGAGUUAUGUACCACAUUGGAUCGCACUUGAUGAACUUGGAACAGAGUUGACCCCUAGAGAGAAAGUACAUGAUAUCGAACACGAACCUCUGGAUCAAUGCGUCUAAAUGCCCACAAGCUUGUCACGUCCCAUAUGGCAUAUUCUACACGUAUUUUUCAACUACUUCAUGUUACAAACGACCGAUUGAGUUUAGGUAUCAAAACUAAGAAGCGGGUCCUCACACAAUUUUAGAUCCUGUCAAAGAUCAGCAAACUUGUCUGUAAUCAACGGUGAAUUUGCCAUGGUAGUUACAACACAAGGAUGUUGAAGACGAAUCCCCUUAUUUAGGUCGACUUUGUUUUAUUUAAUCAUUAUUUUCCAAAUGAAACUCUCGGAAAGAGGGUCCGUUGUCGUUUCUUGCUCCUAUCAAUUUUUCGAAAGCGCUCUCGUGACUAAAAACUCUCCGUCAGGCCCUUCAGAUUCUAUACGGUUGAUUGGUGUGUUCAAGAUAUCUGGUUUCUUCUAGGCACACUUCCAUUCAUUGAUAUCAGGACACAUCUUGAGGAAUUCUAGCGUGCCACGUAACCACAAGCACAUCCCACAAAAGAAACUAACAGACAAGAUUUGACAUUCCUCCAUUUGCUUCGCCAAACAUGGAACUCAUCUGUGCUGUUGAUCCAACUGUCAAAGCCGGGAUGCUUUAAGGGCAAAAAGCCGAUAACUAAUUUCCUUUGCAAGAGAUCAAAGGAAGAGGCAAUGCCGAAGAAAUCUUAAUUGAAAACUAUCGGAAAAGGCUGGCGAAAACCGAGAAACAGACCUCAAAACAUCGUUAUAAAUCGAAAUCUGGAACCCAUCGGCAGAUAAGCUCAUCAUCCUCACGUGACCAAAAAAGUAUUUCUUCUCGAGUGAUUGGAUCCUGAAAUGACACGAAGCUCGGCGCUUUCUUCUUGAAUACGGCGGGGGUUUUUUGUUCGAGGAUUACAGACUUAAGACGACGAGGCUUCCUCCGUCAAGUGCUAUGACCCGGAAAGUUGAAUGAUCGAAAAACCUUACCAUACUCAUAAGAAGGCGUCUUGAAAUCGCUUUGUCAGAGCGAUAACAAAAAGCCAGUUACUGCUUCCAUUUGUUUGAGCAACUUGGCGAAGCCCGUCACUCACGAAAAAUCACCGAACGAACCAGUUGGAAUUUUCGUGGAUCAUCGUGAACUCGGAUCAAGCGAAAACGAUUGACUACAGUGCAGAAGAUGUCGAUUCGUCAUUUGUUUUCGCCACUUCUUCGGCGACUUUGUACCUCAGAUAGCCCAGAUAUGUCCUCAACUUCGGCAAACCCGUCCUUGUCUCAAGACUCAGAUUUCCCUCGAGGCCAAAAAUUGGCUGGAGACCAGAAUUUCGCCGAAUCACCGGCCUCAAUCAUGGAGGAGAUCAGAGGAAAACAAGACGAAAGUUGUAGGAACAUCGCCAUGAAUACGUCAUCAAGUCGAUUUGAAAUCAUAGACCCCAGUCCGACAACGAUUGAGACGAGAACAGAACCGCUUUUGGACAGAUCAAAACAGCAUUUCACGGACCUUUCCAAGGAAGUUAUUAUGGAGAAUCAGGAGAAUGUGGAGCCUCAAGACAAUUCAGAUCACAGCAACUCGGACUUACGGUGCCACCGGACAAGCUCCGAACCGUCCUCUAGUGGCCGAUCCAGUCAUCGGAUUAAAUCGGCCUCAGCUUCCCCUCCAUCCUCGGCCCGGACUUCAUUUCAAAGGCGUUCUGAGCGCAGUAUUAAACAGGUGGAGUCGAGUCCACCUUUACAUUCAAUCGCUUUGGCCAACCGGAUUCGAAACCGUCAGAAUAGUGAAGAGGUUCAGCAACUUCAACAACAACAACAACAAACACACGAAGGACACUGCCCAGCAGAAGGCGCUUCUCUUACAGCCCCAUUUGGCCUUGAAAGGGUCAAAAAGGUGAGAAUAACCUUGAGUGAAUUACCACUUGCCGGUCUUGACUUUUGUUUAUCUGCGUUGCGCCAUUGCCCUUUUGGAUCAGGGUUCCUAGUCGUGUUAACUGGGCGCCAAUCUCGUCUGGGAUCACAUUCAUCCAAGGAUGUGUGGCCACAUAUCAUUCGAGCAAGCUCGAGUUGCUUUUUCUUCGGAAAUAUCUUGGCCUCUUUGAUAAAUGAGGAUGGCCUGUACGUAAUCAUGUUUCAUUUUCCAGCGCAUUUAUUCGAAGUGGCUCAAGCCCUGAAGCUCUUUCCAAGGAGGACGCGCGAAAACGCAUGUUAUCCUGGCGAAAAACGACCAAGCUCAGAAAGACGAAACCAACAAAAAGAUGGAACAAAUACUUGAGGAUUGUUUCGAAAGCAUGUCUCGAAUUGACAGAAGUUGAGAAUCCACCCCAAACGACAUCCGCAUUCAGGCCUCAAAUCCAUUGUGCUUCCUUUAAGUUCUACUUGUCAAUGGCCAGCCUGCCGACAUUUGAACGAAUUCUGUGUCAAACCCAAUUUCAUCGCCAAAUGCAAAAUCAUUGUGUUUAUGCAAAAGACCGAGUUAUUCAGACAAUUGAUCAACUGAGCUCUCUUUAGAUUUGUAAAAUAUUUUGAGAAGUAAACCGAAUUUCAUGAUGUACCAUCAACAUUAACGUCACAAAACAUUAAGUCUUCCAAAACUCUCCUUUACAUCAUUUGGUGCAAUUUAUGCGUUAUGUUGGAUUACGAGUCGGCAUGGUCAAAAAACCGCGUCAAAACAGAAGUGUAAAGCUUUGGGAUUUCAUACUACUGCACCCUCUGGUUCUGCCAUGAAGGAGAAUGC